UACAUGAUGCUUAAUCCCUUCUUUGGAAUUAUACCCUCCUCACACCUCCUUCCUUCCUUCCUUCCUUCCUUCUCUUGUUUUAUAUAUAACUUAGCUUCUCUAUCAUUCUUCUUUCCACACCAAUCAUAUUGUCCUUUACAAAACCAGCUUGGAGACAUUCAUGGCUCCUUCUACAUUUCCUCUCCUAUGUUUCACCAUUUUUCUUUUCCUUCUUCUCCUCACUUCAGGUUCAAGUGUUGCAGAGAAACCUCUUCCGGAAGCAAUCCAGAAAAGCAGAAAGCUAGAAAAUGUAGACCCGUUCACUACCCAGUUUGAUGCAACCGUUCCCAUAGUUAACCCAAGUCCAGGUACCAAUCCAAACACUCCUAUUGUCAAUCCAGUUACCUCGCCACCACCGCCGACCACCAUGACACCAAUCACAAACCCAACUCCAUCGACAACACCCCCUGGAGCAUCUGGUGGUCAAUGGUGCAUUGCAAGCCCAACUGCUUCCCCAACCGCCUUGCAGGUUGCUCUUGACUAUGCUUGCGGCUAUGGAGGUGCAGACUGUUCUCAACUUCAACCAGGUGCAAGUUGCUAUGAUCCAAGUACUCUCCAAGACCAUGCUUCUUAUGCAUUCAAUGAUUACUACCACAAGAAUCCAGCUCCAACCAGCUGCGUUUUCGGAGGAACAGCGCAGCUUACGAGCACUGACCCCAGUAGUGGAAACUGUCACUAUCCAUCAACCACAGCAUCAACUAGCACAACUCCUCCGGCAAACCCAACUCCAACGAUGGCCAACCCUCCUCCAUCCCCAGCUACAACAAACCCAUAUACGACUCCAACCACACCCACACCUGAUAUGACGACUCCAACCACGCCUGAUACAACAGUUUAUGGUUCCGCAGAACCAACAGGGCUCCCCAGCUCAGCCACCUCACUGUCCUGGGGCUCACUUCUGUUGGCUGCUGCAACAGGAUUUGUAUGGUCACUUCUUGCUGAAAAUUAUGUCUGAGAAUACAAGAAAUCCAGAUUCUGCAACAAGAUGGAGAUUCCCUUGCUUGCCACCAUACUUGAUGAAGCUGUAAGCCAGCAAUGAGAUCGACAAGAAGAUGUUAUCUCAAGGCCUUUUUUUUCUCACCAUAAGAUAGAUUACUAUUCCUUUAUGUAUUGCAAUAUUAGUUGACAAAAGAGCAGCCUUGGAGAGUUGAAGAAGACGUAUAGAAUCCUUAGGUUCUUGUACUCCUUAGACACAUUGAAAUAGCUGUACUUCAUCUGCAGUAUUAGCCAAAUAAAUUACUAGAGAGGCACUUUAUAUA